UUACUCGAAAACAAAUCGCCCUAAACGUCAAACGAACGCGUUAUUUUGACAGUUGACGCGCCGACACGUCACUUGUCAAUUCGACCAUCGAAUUGUCAAGUCGCUUUUUGAACAAAAUUUGCGAUGCGCACACCAUUUAUUGCCUUUUAAUUGAGUACCCUUCGAAUUAUGCGGAGCCCUGUGUGAUAUGUCACGUCGCCCGACUCCAUUAGACAACGAACAGUGCAGGCAGUGUCAGACGUUCAAAGAUUACGUGAAAUCUGCCAAAAAGAAGAAAGACAACGAAAACGGUACAUGCCCAUCCGAUAAUAAUAACGAUGACCAUCCGAGAAGGCCGGACUGUCCUUUGGAUAAAGAGGAAUUGGGCAAUAAAACUUGGGGUUUGCUCCACACGAUAGCCGCCAAAUACCCGGAGAAGCCCGGCUCUACCGACAAGAAAACCAUGAGCGAAUUUUUCACGUUGCUAUCUCGAAUCUAUCCGUGCGAACAUUGCGCACAAGAUUUUAGAGAAGACUUGAAAUGCGAUCCCCCGAAGCUGGAGUGCCGCGAGGAGUUGAGCCAGUGGCUGUGCAGGCUGCACAACAAGGUCAACAAGAAGAUCGGCAAAGAGGAAUUCGAUUGCUCGAAGGUGAACGAAAGGUGGAGGGACGGAUGGAAGGACGGUUCUUGCGAUUAAGAUUAAAAGAAAUCUUUAGUAACAUUUAGAAGGUUAUUAAGUAAAUUUAAGAGCAUUUAUGAAAUUAGUUUUUGAUAUUUAAAGAGGAUUUAAUGAUGCGAUAUA